AUGGAGGAGAGAGGAGAGAAAGGAAAAAAUAAAGAGGGGAAAAAAAAGGUGGUCUUGGGCAAACCCUACAAAGAGAUAAAAGGGAGGAGUAAAACGCUUUGCACAAACAUGCACGCCAGGAGAAAUGAUCCUAUCCCUCACGGUAUAUAUGGUUUGGAUGUGCGCGAGACUUCCUGCAAAAUCUCUCAUGCGAUUCAAACGCGCAAGAAUCCCCGCCACACCCAUGGUGAGGCCGAAGCUCAAAGAUACUCUGCAAAAGACGAGGCUACAGAAGGUAGAGUAGCCACCAGAAAACAGCUACGACGUCGGGACUCAAACUCAAUCUCUUUGGAGAGGUGGAAGAUGUACUUUGCCCUGGACAAACCCUUGGUUGGCACAGUACUUUACAUGACAAACAGUGAAGAUCACCUACAAUAUUAUCCCAGCGGUGGAUGCAAAUUCCUCUGUUUCAGAAUUGUUAAUGGGUUGCUAUGCCCUAUAUGUAAAAAACUUGCAACCUCACCCCUGGUCAUGAGAUCUUGA